AUGCCUACUUGUGAUGAAGUUGCAGCAUUGAUUGUUGGUGAUUUUAAUAGUGAGAAGGUUGGACGAGAUAUUAUAGUUAAAACAAGUGAUGGAAUGUUGCAGAGAAUUCAUGAAACACAUACUGCAUUCAUACCUCUGCAAUAUCCUUUGAUGUUUCCUUAUGGUGAUGAUGGUUAUCAUGAAGAUAUACCAUACAGUGAGGAAUACCUGACUAAUGAAGACAUAACAAGGUUGCGACAAUUUGUGGUUGACACGUACACUAUGAUUGAAUCACAACGAUUAUCAUUUAUUAGAAGGAACCAGAAUUUGAUCAGAGCAGAUUUUCUUAAUGAGUUGGAAGAAGCUAUUGAUCGAGGGGAGACUGAUCCUACUACAGUCGGCAUGCGUGUUAUACUACCUUCAUCUUUUAUGGCUUGGAGUGAAAUUAAAAGAUAUGUUCGUCAAAGGAACCUUCGUGCAGAUGAGAGGCCGGAUAUAUGUUGUAGAGUUUUCAAAAUGAAACUAGAGCAAAUGAUGGCUGAUUUCAAACAAGGUGCUGUGUUUGGUGGAAUUCAAGCAGGAAUGUAUACUAUAGAAUUCCAGAAAAGAGGGUUGCCUCAUGCUCACAUUUUGUUGUGGUUGAAAGAUGGUCAUAAGAUGGUUACAUGCGCUGAUAUUGACAAGCAUAUAUCUGCAGAGUUGCCGGAUCCAGCUUUGUUUCCUAAGCUAAGUAAAGCAGUAUCACGUUACAUGAUGCAUGGGCCAUGUGGCCUACUAAUGAGAUAUAGAGGUCAUAUUAAUGUGGAGUAUUGCAAUAAAUCAAACUCUAUAAAGUACCUGUUUAAAUAUGUAAGCAAAGGGCCAGAUAGAGUCAGUGUACAUAUAACAAAUGAAAACUCUGGUGAUAGCAGUAGUCAGAGAAUAUUGUUUAGAGAUGAUGAAGACCUUGAGGCUGUGAUAAGCAAGCCAUCUUCUCAAUUAACAAUGUUCUUGGCCUGGAUGAGGGCGAAUCAACAAUUUGAAGAUGCAAAAAAUUUAACUUUUGCUGAUGAUCGUGAAUAUAUAGAUGCAAUUGUGGAAGCAAGUGAUCUUGGAUCUGGGAAUCAGUUACGUAAGCUGUUCGUGUUCUUGAUAACUUCAAAUACAAUGAACAAGCCGGAAUUAGUGUGGGAAAAGACAUGGAAGAUUCUUUCAGAUGGGAUUGUGCAUAGUAAAAGAAAUUUGUUAGGGAUUCCAGAUCUUCGGAUUGAUGAUAAUGAUUUAAAAAAUCUGUGUUUAAUUGAAAUUGAGAAGCUAAUGCACGUGAAUGGAAGAUCUCUUAAAGAAUUUACAUGCCUUCCUUUCCCUGAAGCGUGUGAAGGGCUGCAAUUUGACAAUAAGUUUAUUGUGGAUGAAUUGAAUUAUGAUAAAAAUGAGAUGGAAAUGCUUCAUCAGAACCUGUUGCGUUCAUUAACAUAUGAACAGAAAAACAUUAUAUGGAACACUUUGUCUGCAGCAUUCAAGGCUAAAGGUCUAAUCAUAUUGAAUGUAGCUUCAAGUGGUAUAGCAUCGUUGUUAUUGCCGGAUGGAAGAACUGCACAUUCAAGGUUUUCAAUUCCAAUAUCAAUUAAUGAGUGCUCAACUUGCAAUAUAAAACAAGGCUCACAGAAGGCGGAAUUACUUCAAAAGACCAGUUUGAUUAUUUGGGAUGAAGCACCAAUGCUGAACAAAUAUUGUUUUGAGGCACUUGAUAGAACUUUAAAUGAUGUGAUGAGACAAGAAAUGGGAUCUGCUGACUAUGUUCCGUUUGGUGGAAAAGUUGUAGUUCUUGGUGGGGAUUUCAGACAAAUCCUACCAGUUGUCUCAAAAGGCAGUAGAAGUGAUAUUGUUGGAUCUGCUAUUAAUGCUUCAUAUUUAUGGAAGUAUUGUACGGUUCUAAAGCUCACAAAAAACAUGAGACUUUUGAACUGUCCCUCGACAUCAGAUGUAGAAGACAUUAAAAAUUUUGCAGAAUGGAUUCUUUAG